CGGCAGGACUGUCCAGGGUAGGGUGAGGGACAGAGGCAGGGUGAUGACAACUACCUUCCCUCCUAGAAGGAACCCCCUUGGGGCCUUAGAAAGGCAUCUCAGAGGUCGUCGAGCCUGGGAUGGGAGUGGUAGCAGGCCCGAGAGGUCUGAUCCUCGGCUUCUUAUCGGAACCCUAGGAUCCGAUGGGUGCCCUGGGCUUACAGCCUGGCAAACAGGCCAGGAGCCAGCAGGAGCGGCUCUCACUCCUUUCACACUCCUCCAGAGGAAGCCCCACCCGCGGGGUCCUGGGGACUCGCUUCACUUCCAGGCCUCACUUUUCCUUUAAUCCUCGGCCCUGCUCCAGGCCUCAGUUUCCCCACUAAACAGUAAAGUAGGGCAAGGUCCUAUGGAGGGGACUUGGGGGGGACCCUUCUGAGUUUGAGGUCUUCUAGUCAUAGACCCCAACCUCUGCCCUGCCCCAGGCCCCAUUUAGACCUCAUUUAGAAGUAAAGUUGGGCAGUGACUCGAACAGUGUCGAGGACCGGGACUGGCUCAUCCUGCCUUCACCACCCGAGACCUCAGGUCCCCAAUUGUGCCUUAUCCCUACCCUAGCCCUCGCGUUCCCUGCUGUGCUAUCGCCCUGCCCCUGCUUCAGCUUCCCUAUUCUGUAAAGCAAACACGGUCUGGCUGGAACAGUGGCUUAGAGGGGGACUUAGGGGCUGUCUCGUCCUGCCUCUACAAAGCCACGCCUCAGUUUCCCAAUUUAGAAGUAAAGAAGGGCAGGAUGUUGCUGGAACGGUGGGACCUCAGGGUUGGAGGAUCACUCCCUGAACCUGCGACCUCAGAACUUUCUUUAGAAGGAAAGAACGUCAAGAUUGGUGAUGCUAGAGCGGGAGCGAAGAAGAUACUUGGAGGUUGAAGGAUUGCCACCCGUCCCGCGUCUGCAAUCCCUGGCCUCAGUUUCCCCACAGUACAUGGGCUGCAUUGAGGUGCUCCGAUCCAUGCGCUCGCUGGACUUCAACACCCGGACACAGGUGACGAGGGAAGCCAUCAACCGGCUCCAUGAGGCCGUGCCAGGGGUCCGUGGCUCCUGGAAGAAGAAGGCCCCCAAUAAGGCGCUGGCCUCCAUCUUGGGGAAAAGCAACCUGCGCUUCGCCGGCAUGAGCAUCUCAGUCAACAUCUCCGUGGAUGGCCUCAACCUGUCUGUUCCUGCAACCCGCCAGGUCAUUGCCAGCCAUCAUAUGCAGUCCAUUUCCUUUGCUUCGGGUGGUGACACGGACAUGACUGAUUAUGUAGCCUAUGUGGCCAAGGACCCCAUCAACCAGAGAGCCUGCCACAUCCUGGAAUGCUGUGACGGUCUUGCCCAGAGUGUCAUCAGCACUGUGGGCCAAGCCUUCGAGCUGCGCUUCAAGCAAUACCUGCACAGUCCCCCCAAGGCCGUAGUGCCCCCUGAAAGGCUGACAGGGCUGGAGGAGUCAGCCUGGGGUGACGAUGAGGCUGCGGACCACAAUUACUACAACAGCAUUCCAGGGAAGGAGCCACCCCUGGGUGGGCUGGUGGACUCCAGACUGGCUGUCACACAGCCCUGUGCACUGGCGACACUUGGGGGCCUCGGACAGGGAAUGUCGCCUGCACAGAGAGAUGCCCGGGCCUUGCCUUGGGACACGGGUCCCUCUGGAGCAGCCCUGCCCGGGGACGGCUACGUGCAGGCGGAUGCCCGAGGGCCACAUGACUAUGAGGAGCACCUCUACGUCAACACCCAGGGCCUGGACGCCAUGGAGCCUGAGGACACCUGUGAGGCACCUCUCCCACUGGAGGACAGCCCCAAGAAGGACCUGUUUGACAUGCGACCCUUUGAGGAUGCCCUGAAGUUGCACGAGUGCUCGGUGGCGGCAGGCCUCACUACAGCUCCACUCCCUUUGGAGGAUCAGUGGCCCAGCCCCCCUACCCGCAGGGCCCCCAUUGCACCCACAGAGGAGCAACUGAGGCAGGAGCCCUGGUAUCAUGGACGCAUGAGCCGUCGGGCUGCGGAGAAGCUGCUUCGUGCGGAUGGGGACUUCCUUGUGAGAGACAGCGUCACCAACCCGGGACAGUAUGUCCUCACAGGCAUGCAUGCGGGGCAGCCCAAGCACCUGCUGCUGGUGGACCCUGAGGGCGUGGUGCGGACGAAAGACGUGUUGUUUGAAAGUAUCAGCCACCUCAUAGACUACCACCUGAAGAACGGGCUGCCCAUCGUGGCUGCGGAGAGCGAGCUGCACCUUCGGGGAGUGGUCUCCCGGGAGCUGGGAGCCAGGUUAUAGUCCUCAGCUCAACUCCUACCCCCAGAUGUCCUUGCUGUGGCCUUGAGGGCUCAGAUUUUCUCUCGGACCCUGAGAAACCACCAGAACCGGAAUGACUACUGUUUCUCCUUCCGCCGCAUGAGCCACAGGAAGCCGCCUACUCCCAGCUGCACUGGGCUGGCUGGGCCAGUGAGACAGAGUCAGGGUCCAAGCCCCUGGUCCCGCCUGAGCCCCAACCCUGAACUUGGGUGAGGCUGUAUAAACCAAAGACAGACCAAGUCGCCUUUAACAAAGACAUCCAAAUGCAGGCCUGUACCUCCAUUCCCCGGUAGGGGCAGAGACAUCAGGCUCUGUGGGCAGAUGUAACUUCUUGCCUUGGCUGGGUUCUGAGGACCCAGAUGCACUGUUGCUUUGGGGGGGAUUAAGGUGCUUUUGGGUCUCAUAUCCCUGAUAGGGGAGCAGCCUUGGGGCUUAGCUGAAAUGGUAGGGCAUCCAGGUGAGUAAGAGGCCUGAGGAACUUCACUGAGGUGUGGCAUCCAUGGAGCACCUCCCAGCUGUAGCCUGCCUGGACCUUCUACUGUAAUUAAACACAGCAUUGAGCGUGAGCCUGCUGUGCCUGUGUGGACCUGCCAGGGGUUCCAGGUGGACAACUGAGGCUGAGGGGGAGGCUGUAUGGACCCCUAGGGCUGGAGCAGACUGGGCUAGGUGGGCCUGUGGGGUCUGAACUGUCCACAGCACCCCACCCUCUGUGCUCCAACGCUGAACAAGGCUCUGAUUUUACUCCAAGAUACAGCAGGCCUCUCUCUGUUCUGUUUCCCCAGACCCUUCUUGGAAACACCGUGGCUUACCCCCUAGGUGCCCCACCUGAAUGAAUGGCUCCUGCACAUUGGGCCUUUGGGAAGGACUGUGUGGUUGUGGAGCUCAUGCCGGGGAGGGCACGGGAGUAAAACAUCUGCCCCAACAUGAGGUGUAAUUAAAAGCAGAGUUACAAGUCACCUUGCUGCCCUCCUCCUCCCAAUAUGGAGAGGCUCAGGGCCUCAUCUCCACCACUCAUCUUUCCAGUCCUUCCACCCAUCUACCUCUUCACUUAUCUGUUCACACACUUGCCUUUCUGUCCACCCAUUCAUCUGCCCAUCCAUCCACCCAUCCAUCCAUCCACCCAUCCAUCCAUUCAUCCACCCAUUCGUGUGGCCAUGCAUCUACCCACCCACCCACUCAUCAGCCCAUCCAUUCAUUCACCCACCCACCUACCUACCUACCUAUUCAACCAAUUUAUCCAUCUACUAACAAACCCAUCCACCCACCCACCCAUCGAUACAUAUAUGUGUCUUCUCAUCCACUUACUCCCCAUCCGUUCAUCUACCCACUCCACCUUCAUCCCUAUCCACAUCUCGCCCGCCCUUCUUCCCACUUCCCCAUCUGCCCGUUCAUGCAAGACUAUCAAAGACUCGGAUCAGCCAGUCACCACUGUGAACAUCCUAGUAAACAACAUCUGGGGAAGGGCGAGUUCUGGAGCUCAGUGAUCCCAGGACAUCUGGGGGGCUUCGCUGUGGGACUGUCAGUGCUUCUGCGGUGGAGGGGAUAAGGUUCCGGGCAGGGUGAGGACACCUGUAUGUGUGAAGCCCAGGGACGGGUGGAGGACUUAGGGCUGGGGAGUGGCUGGGUGCCAGAGAAAACUGCUGGGCUUAUGAAUGAGGCCAUAAACUUGACUUCCAGUGAAAAGUCUCUGGCAAGAAAUGCCUGUUGACAGGACAGGGAUGAUUGGGGACUAGGAAGAGGCAGUGUAGUUAGAUUCUGGAACCUGGGUCAGGGAGGGGGUCUAAAUGAGCUUCAUUCAUUCAUGAAUUCCUUCAUGUACUAGGCCUUCCCAAGGUCCAGCACCCAUUUUCUCUGAAGUCCUUGUGUCUGGUGCUCUUUCAGACAUGUCUGAUUUAGGGACUCCGGGUCACUGUGCAGGAGAUGGAUGCUGGGGGAGCAGCUGACUUGCCAAAGGUUUAUCCAUGGUGAGCGGUGGCAAGGAUAGCAGAGCUGCCAGGCCUCAUCAUCUCCCUGAUUCCUGAGCCCGGAGAGUCUAGACUGCCCAGGUGUGACGUGAGCAGGGACCAAGAAGCCCACAUGGGUGGCUCUGGGGGAUUCCACCCGCAGCCCUCCCUUUUAUACCAUCAACUACUCAAUUAAACAUUUGCCCUGAGGGAUCUUGGGAUGGGUAUAGGAGAGUUCUGAGUUCAAAUUCUAGGUUUGUCUUCCUCUGAAGUAUUCAUUAGCCCCUUACACAGACUGGAGGCCCACUUCCUGUGGGCCUGUCAGGUGCUGCACAUGUCUGGAAGUGGACAGGCUACGGAGUGGGAGCAAUCAGGCCCCUGUGACCACAGCCCACAGUUCUGGGACAAGAGUGUCCUUGCUACAGCUUUGUGGGCACAAGGAUGGGGCCGUGUCUGGAGCCCUGAGUCUCAGCUCUGUGGUAUCGUAUUUUAUGUGUGCGAGUGUUUUGCCCGUGCGUAUGUCUGCACACCGUUCGGGUGCUGGAGGAUCCUCUAUGAGAGCAAGUUCUCUUAAGCACUGAGCCAUCCCUUCAGCCGCAGAUAGGAGCAGAAUGCCACGCAGACCUCUUGAGAAACGCCCCUCCCACUGGCCUGGGGGCAAAGGUCACACACUGGAGGACUGCAAAAAAAAGUUGGAUGCGUACCACCUAAUCUUGGAGCUCUCUGCACGAGGAGGCGAGCCUGAGUCCUAUCUAGGAGGGCUUGGCCACGUCUGCCUCUGUGGUGGUUCUGCUUAGCUCAGAAAGCGGCAGACGGCUUUGUUGACCCAGAGGCUCCUGUCUGCCAUCUGCCAGCUAGGAGGGCCAGGCUCCCUCUCUGCAGGGUGGGGUCCACAAGGGCCAGCAGGGUGGUUGUAGAGACCCAUUUCCAGAUAACCGCUUCCAUGGGCCUCCUGUUCUAAGAUGCCCAGGAUAACAGGGUGCAGGAGGCAGCCGCUGCACUCAGCAGUGACAGCCAGCCUCUGGGGGCCUCUGCUGCUUGGGUCAGGACCCUUGGCUAAGAUACUUGCUCACCUGCCCAGGCUGGGAGAGGUUGUCUGGGGUCACACAGAGGCGGGUGUGUAUGGCCACGGGAACUCCAGCUGAGCAAGCCCAAGGCAGCCUGGUUCCUGGGGGCUGUCAUCCUGUAGCUGCCCUUAGUUUGAGCCCUGGCCUAACUGCUAGACCUCUUCAUCUGUCUUGGCCAAUGGCAGUUUUUUCCCAUUUCCUUCUCAAUUUCCUGGUAGAGUUUUGUGUUGUUUUGUUUGUUUGAGACAGAGUCUCACUAUGUAGCCUUGGCUGUCUUGGAACGUACUGUGUAGAUCAGGCUAGCCCCACUCACAGAGAUCUGCCUGCCUCUGCCCCCCAAAUGCUGGAAAUAAAGGUGUGUG